GCUGACUUCAGUAGCACUAGCCCAAUUCAAAUUCCUCCAAACUUCAAACAUGCAAAAAAUCGUACUCAUCACUUUCGCCCUGGUGGCUAUCGCUGCGGCGGCUCCCCAAGACCCAAACCAGGCAUACAUCCUCAAACAAGACUCUGAAGUUAACCCCGAUGGCUACCACUUCGAGUUCGAGACCAGUGACGGUACCUCCCGUCAGGAGCAAGGAACUCUGAAGCAGAUCUCUGAGGAUCACCAGGGUAUUGAAGUACAAGGGACCUACAAGUACACCGCCCCCGAUGGUUUGGUAUACACCGUGACCUACACCGCUAACGAGAACGGUUUCCAGCCCCAGGAACACAUUGAACAUCCAGGACAAUAAACAAUUACUAGUUAAUGUAUUUAAUGCUUCUUGCACAUUUACCAACAGUUGUGCCCAAGACAUCAUGGUAUUGUAAGCGACUAAAGUUAAUAGAUGGUUUUAAAGAUAGACGUUGCAAGAUCACUUUUAAAACCAUCUGUUGGAUAU